AGAUAGACAACCACUAUACUAAAAACAUAACAAUUUACGGCAGCUGAUGCAGCAGAAAGGCAGAAGCUUUAACCGUAGAUCAAGAACAUUUACUAGAUCUCGCAUUGCCGUUGAGGGUUCUUAGUAAACAAACGUAUCUACAUUGUAAUAAUAUAUUACUAUUUUAAUUUAAAUUUUUUCGUUGUCGUUGAUUACCUCCAAUUAUGGCUCCUGUUAUUGGUGCUGCUGGUGCUGGUGCUAAAUCAGGAGAAGAACGCGAUAUUCAGAAGAAUUAUUGGAUGGAGCAUACAUCGGAACUUACUGUGGAAGCGAUGAUGCUUGAUUCAAAAGCAGCUGAUCUUGACAAAGAAGAGAGGCCUGAGGUGCUCUCUCUACUCCCACCAUAUGAAGGGAAAUCAGUGUUAGAGUUGGGUGCUGGUAUUGGCCGUUUCACUAGUGAGUUAGCCAAAAAUGCUGGGCAGCUCAUAGCACUGGACUUUAUCGAUAGUGCAAUUAAGAAGAAUGAAAGCAUCAAUAAGCAUCAUAAGAAUGUCAAGUUUAUGUGUGCUGAUGUGACUUCUCCAGAUUUGAAGUUUUCACCUGAAUCAGUCGACUUGAUAUUUUCAAACUGGCUACUGAUGUAUCUUUCUGAUGAAGAGGUCCAGAGUCUUGUGGAGAGAAUGGUAAAAUGGUUGAAAGUUGGAGGCUACAUAUUUUUCAGAGAGUCAUGCUUCCAUCAAUCAGGAGACCACAAGCGAAAGAACAACCCAACCCAUUAUCGGGAGCCUAGAUUUUACACAAAGGUGUUUAAAGAAUGUCAUAUAAAUGUUGGUGAUGGUAAAUCAUUUGAACUUUCUCUCAUCGGUUGCAAGUGCAUUGGAGCUUAUGUUAAAAACAAAAAGAAUCAGAAUCAGAUUUGUUGGCUAUGGCAAAAGGUUAAUUCUGAGGAUGACAGGGGAUUCCAGCGUUUCCUGGACAAUGUUCAAUACAAAUGUAGUGGCAUACUGCGAUAUGAACGUGUCUUUGGAGAAGGUUAUGUGAGCACAGGAGGACUUGAUACCACAAAAGAAUUCGUUUCUAUGUUGGAUCUUCAACCUGGCCAAAAAGUCCUUGAUGUUGGCUGUGGAAUAGGUGGAGGUGACUUUUACAUGGCUGAGAAUUAUGAUGUUCAUGUUGUUGCUAUUGACCUCUCGAUUAACAUGAUAUCGUUUGCUCUUGAACGUUCAAUUGGUCUCAAAUGUGCCGUUGAAUUUGAGGUUGCUGAUUGUACAAAGAAAACAUAUCCUGAUGGCACAUUUGAUGUGAUUUACAGUCGAGACACUAUCCUUCACAUCCAAGACAAACCCGCGUUAUUCAGAUCUUUGUGGCUGAAACCAGGAGGCAAAGUCCUCAUAAGUGAUUACUGCAAAUGCCCAAUACCAGCAUCGGACGAGUUUUCUGAGUAUAUAAAGCAAAGGGGUUAUGAUUUACAUGAUGUUGCAACAUAUGGCCAGAUGCUCAAAGAUGCCGGUUUUGAUGAAGUUAUUGCUGAGGAUCGAACUGAACAGUUCAUUAAUGUUCUCCAAAAGGAGUUGAAUACCGUGGAGAAGGAACGCGAUUCAUUUAUCCAAGAAUUCUCAGAACAAGACUACAAUGAAAUAGUUGGAGGUUGGAAGGCCAAGCUAUUGAGGAGUUCAUCUGGUGAACAGAGGUGGGGUUUGUUCAUUGCCAAGAAGAAGUGAUUGUCAAAAUGCAGGAUGUACCUGGUUUUCGUUUACGUUCUUAUGUAUCGUAUGUUGUUCAGCUUGCCUUGUAAUAAUAAUGUUCUUACAUCUUUAUGAUGUAUGAUCAACUGUAAGAUUGAAUCUUUAGAUAUAAAUCUUCUACUUCUUCUAUCA